GUGCAGGGCGCGGGCGGGCCCGGGGCGCCGGGCGGGGAGCGGCCCCUGCAGGCCGGGGAGCUGGUGCUGGCGGAGGUGCGCAGGAGGCGGCAGGGGGACGUCAGGCACCUGUGCCGGCUGACGGCGCUGGGCCGGCUGAACAGCUGCUGGGGUAUGGUGGACCACGGCCGCAUCCUGGGCAAGCUGCCCGGGCAGAUGUUGGCCACGUCCCAGGGCGUGCCCCUGCUGGUGCGCCGCCCCUCGCUGGAGGACUACGUGCUGCUCAUGAAGAGGGGACCCACCAUCUCCUACCCCAAGGAUAUUAAGGCAAUGCUGUUGAUGAUGGACAUCCAUCCAGGGGACACUGUGUUGGAAAGUGGUUCUGGGUCUGGUGCAAUGAGUUUGUUUUUAUCAAGAGCAGUUGGGCCACAAGGACGUGUUAUCAGUUAUGAAAUCAGACAAGAUCACCACGCUCUAGCAAAGAAGAAUUACAGGCUCUGGCGUGAUGCAUGGGUAAUAGGACAUGUAGAAGAAUGGCCAGAUAACGUGGAUUUCAUUAAGCAAGACAUUUUAACAGCUGCUGAGGAUAUGAAAUCUGUAACAUUUGACGCAGUAGCUCUGGAUAUGCUUGACCCUCAGGCUGCUUUGCCUAUUGUGUACCCAAACCUUAAACAGGGUGGUGUAUGUGCUGUAUAUCUAGCAAAUAUCACACAGGUUAUUGGCCUGUUGGAAGGAAUGCGGACAAGCAAGCUCCCUCUUCUGUGUGAACAGAUCAUUGAACUUAUUCAGAGAGAAUGGUUGAUAAAACCAGCUCGAAAGAAGGACAGCAGGCCUGCCCCAAGAGUAGAAGCACAACAAAAUGUAGAUGAGGAACCUCAACAAGAUGAGGAAUAUCUUGUUCAGGAACAAGCUGUCAUUGGAGGCAGUGAAGGUGAUGAGUCACUUUUGGAACAUGUUGGUUCAGUACCUUACAUUGCUCGGCCUUACCCUUGGCAAGUUGGUCACACAGUAUUUCUUAUCAAACUGAGGAAAUAUAACCCAGUAUAUCCAGACACCGUUCCAGAUGACAGUUGAUAAUUUAAGUACUGUAUUUUACCAAAAUAAUAUUAAAUGUUAUAAAUAC